AUGCUCCCCGCCGUCCUCCGCCCACACUCCCGAGGGACCAUACGGCUGUGCUCCUUGAAUCCUCUCGACCCGCCCCUUAUGGAGCUUAACUUCCUAAGCGCGCCCGCCGAUCGUAAGACAUUGCGCACGGCAGUGCGGCUCUGCAUGCGGAUCGCAGGUACGAUGCACGCCAACGGGUACGGCACGAGACCGCUGCGUGCACCGCGCAGUGCGGAGGAGGCGGACGUAGACGAAUAUAUCGACGCGACCGGUAUGAGCUUCCUGCACUACAGCAGCACGUGUCGCAUGGCGCCGCGCGACGAUCCCGAGCCGGGGGUCGUGGAUGACGAACUGCGGGUGCAUGGGAUAGCGAACCUGAGGGUCUGCGAUGCGAGUGUCUUUCCACAGAUUCCGGCGGCGCACCUGCUGGCACCCGUCGUUGUUGUUGCGGAGAAAUGCGCUGAGAUGAUAAAAAAGGCUGUAGGAGGGAUUGAGAAGUAG